UUGCCUGCUUCCAUAAGAAAUCAGAAAGCUCUCUCUGUUUUCUUUUUCAAUUUUUGAUUCUUUAAAUGGUUAAAAUAAUUUCUUACUGCAUUUUUCUGUUAUUCUUUUUCCAAAUUUCUUCUCCCAACUCCAAGACGGAAUUAGUCAAAAAAACCACAACCCUUCUAAGAAGCCAGCUUUCCCUUCUUUAAUGGUCCUCGCAGACUACUAUAUAUAAUACCAUCUCAAGUUUCUGGAUCUACAACUCUCAAACCAGCUUUCAUCAGGGAACAAUUUCAGUACGUACCCAGAUAUUGAAAACUUGUUCCCUUAAGGUAGGAUCAAUCCCUUCAGACCUCUGCAAUCGAUAUCGUCUGUUUUCAUCAUAAUUCAGAUUAUUAGCCAUGGAUAGAUCUUUGAGAACUGCUUUGUUCUCUUGUAUUCUGCUUCUCUCUUUAUGUGUUCCAUCGUCUUUAUCUCAAACUUGCUCAAGCUAUACCUUCUCUAGCAAUCAAGUAUUUAGCAGUUGCAGUGAUCUUCCUGUGUUGAGUUCUUUCCUCUAUUGGAAUUACCAUCCAUCGAACCGCACAGCUGAUAUUGCGUUUCGCAAAUCUGGGGCAUCCACUGCCAAUUGGUACGUAUGGUCUCUCAACCCUAGCGGCCAACAGAUGAUGGGGUCACAGGCUCUUCUGGCUUUUCAUAACACCAGUAGCCUCCCUACAGCUUAUACCACCUCAAUAGACAGCAUGUCCCCGUCGAUGCAGCAGAGUAACUUGAGUUUUCAGGUCUCCAAUCUUAGAGCAGAGUAUACAAGUGGUGAUAUGAUAAUAUUUGCUACUCUGCAACUUGAUGAUAGGUUGUUAUCGACCAACCAGGUGUGGCAGGAAGGUCCCAUGAGUGGAGCUACUUUUACUGCUCAUUCCAUGGAUUCAGCGAACAAAGCAUCAGUAGGGACUAUAAAUUUUGAGACUGGAACAACAGUUGCCGGAACUGCCCGAUCAAGCAGUAAGAAGAAUGUUCAUGGGGUACUAAACGCAGUGAGCUGGGGAGUUCUGAUGCCUAUGGGAAUCAUUAUAGCUAGGUACUUGAAGGUGUUCGAGGUAGCAAAUCCAGCAUGGUUUUACCUACAUGCUGCUUGCCAAUCCUCUGCCUAUAUAAUUGGGGUUGCUGGAUGGGGAACUGGUCUUAAACUCGGCAGCGAUUCUCCCGGAAUCAAGUACAGCAAGCACAGGAACAUCGGCAUAACCCUCUUCUGCUUUGCAACCCUUCAGGUAUUUGCCUUGCUGUUGAGGCCAAAGCCAGAUCAUAAAUAUAGACUAUACUGGAACAUCUACCACCAUUCUAUUGGAUAUGCAACCAUCGCUUUGAGCAUCGUCAACAUUUACGAGGGAUUUGACAUUUUGGACCCUGAGAAGAAAUGGAAAAAGAUUUACACUGGAAUUAUCAUAUUCUUGGGCGCCGUCGCAGCUCUCCUGGAAGUUUUCACAUGGAUCAUAGUCAUCAGAAGGAAGAAAACAGCCAGCUUCGACAAGCAUGCCAAUGGAACAAACGGGACUAAUGGAUAUAGUGCUUAGAGCACAGCACACAAUGUAACAUACGACAUAUUUAUCACUCUAGGUUGUCUUCCCUUUUUUUUUUAAUUUUUUGGUAUAAUACAUAGAUUUACUUGUAUCUUUGUAGGGGUUAUUUGUAUUAGAAAGGUAUUUUGGGGGUGAUUUGAGAAUACGGUAGCAUUUGGGGUAUAUGAGAUAGACUGGAUGUACUUGUUGCAUACUGAGAUAUUUGAUUGCACUGUUCACAUUUGUUUC